AUGAAAUAUAUACCAAAUCCUUUUGGAAUUUUACAAGAUUUUUUAGCUACAUCAUUUUACAGAUAUGGUGAAAUAAUAUCAUAUAAUCCUAAACCAUUUAUAAUAUGUCCUUUAUUAUUAACAAUAUUUUUAUCAUUUGGUUGUAUAUUUAUUGAGACACAAGAUGAUUUAAGAUUUCUUUAUUCACCUGAAAAUUCAUUAUCACGUUUUGAAUAUCAAAUACAUAAAGAAUUUUCUGGUGAUUCAACAAAUCAAAGUUAUAUUGCAAUUGCAAUAGAAUCAUCUGAAAAAAAUGGUAAUAUAUUAAUAAAUGAAACUAUAAAUGAAAUAAUGAAAUUUAAUCAAUUUGUAAAAAAAAAUUUAACAUUUAUUAUAGAAGAAAAUGAAUAUAGUAUGAAUAAAAGUUUUUGUCAUAAUUUAGAAAUAUGUUCAUUAGCUAAUUCACAAGUUGAAAUAUUUUUUAAUGUUAUGAAAUCAGAAAGAUUAAAAAAAGAUCCAAGAGUAAGAAUAGAAUUUCCAAUGUUACAUUUUUUUGAAAAUAAAAUAUUUUUACCAUCAAAUUUUUAUGGUAUUACUUUAGAUAAUAAUAAAAAUAUAAAAAAAAUUGAAAUGGUACAUUUGGUUUUUUUUGUUAGUUCUGUAGAUAAUUAUUCAUCUGAAAAAGUAUCAGUUGGUGUAGAGGCAUCAAUUAGAAAAUAUUUAAAAGAAAAUACAAAAAGAAUAAAAUAUUCAAUAUUUAGUUUAUCAAUAUUAAAAAAUGAAAUGCAAAAAAAUACAACAUAUACAUUUCCAUAUAUAUCAUUAACAGUAUUUUUAUUAUUAACAUUUACAGUUGGUUCUAGUAUGACUGGUGAUUGGAUAAGUAGUAAACCAAUAGAAGCAUUAUCUGGUAUAUUUGUAUCAUCAAUGGCAAUAAUAUCAUCAUGUGGUAUAUUAUUUUUUUUUGGUGUACCAUUUAUAAAUCAAGUAACUGUAAUGCCAUUUUUAGCAUUUACAAUAGGUGUUGAUGAUACAUAUGUUAUGUUAGGUGCAUGGCAAGAUACAAAAAGAAUAUUAUCACCAAAAAAAAGAAUGGCAUUAUCAUUAGAAGAAGCUGGUACAGCAAUAUCAGUAACAUCAUUAACAUCAAUAAUAUCAUUUGGUAUUGGAACAUUUAGUACAACACCAGCUAUAUCAAUAUUUUGUAAAUUUAUAGCAUUAGCUAUAUUUUUUGAUUGGUUUUAUCAAAUAACAUUAUUUGCUGGAAUAAUGGCAUUAGGUGGUAAAAGAGAAGGAGCUGGUUAUCAUUGUAUAUUAUUUUAUAAAAAAAUGUCAAAAAAUGAAAUAGAAAUAUCAAAAGCAAGUAAUUUUAUAUCACCAACACAUAAUUUUUUUGCAAACAAAUUAUCACCAUUUUUAUGUAAAAAAUCAGUUAGAAUAUUUUUUAUUAUUAUUUAUAUAAUAUAUAUAUAUUUAGCAUUUUAUGGUUGUAGUUUAUUAAAACCUGAUUUAACACCAUCACGUUUACUUGUUGAUGAUUCACCAUUAGCAUAUUAUUUAGAAAGUGCAGAAUCUAAAAUAUGGUCAGAAGGUGUUAUUGGUAGAGUAUAUGUAAAUAAUGCACCUGAUUUUAGUAAAGAACCAGAAAAAGAAAUAGAAUUUAUGAGAAUGGUUGAAGAUUUAGAAUCAACACCAUAUUCAAUAGGUAAAAAUUCAACACAAUUAUGGUUAAGAGAAUUUAUAAAUUAUAAACAAUAUUUUAUGGUAGAAAAUGAUAAAUUUUAUGAACAAUUAAAAAAUUUUUUAAAAGUAUCAUUUAAUUCACAAUGGGAAAUAUUUUUAAGAUGGGGAUAUAGUAAUAAUAAAUAUUUAGAAGAAGAAGAAGAAAAAAAAAAUAAAAUAUAUGUUAAAAAAUUUUUUUUUACAACAGCAUUUAAAAUAAAAGAUUGGAAUGUAAGAACAAAAUUAUUAUUACAAUGGAGAAAUAUAACAAGUCAUUAUCCACAAUUUCAAGCAUUAGUAUUUGAUGAAAAUAAUUUUUAUUCAGAUCAAAUGAUUGAAUUAAAAUCAACAACAUUAUCAUCACUUGGUACAGCUAUAUUUGCAAUGAUAUGUGUUUGUAUUUUAUUUAUUGGUAAUAGUUCUAUAGUCUUUUGGGUAGUAUUUAUUAUGAUCUCAAUGGAUAUUGGUACAGCAGGAUUUUUAUCAUUAUGGGGUGCUGAUCUUGAUCCAACAACAGUUGUUAAUAUAUUAAUGUCAAUAGGAUUAUGUAUUGAUUUUGCUACACAUGUUGGUUAUCGUAUAUAUAGAUCUCCUUUUAGGCAUCCAGAUAAAAGGAUAAGUGAUUCACUUGGAGCAAUAGGAUGGCCUGUUGUACAGGCAGGAACAUCAACAUUUUUAGCAAUAGUUGUUAUGAUGUUAGUUCCUUCAAAUGCAGUUAGAAUGUUUGCAAGAACUAAUAUUCUUGUUGUAUGUGUAGGAAUUUUUCAUGGUCUAUUUCUUUUACCUGUUAUUAUAAGAAGUUUUGUUUCAACAUUUGAUCAUAAAAUAGCAAUAUAUGAUGAAAAGGCGUUACAACAUGAAAUAUUAAAGCAAGGAGUAGAAUUGUCGUCAAUAGUCUCUCCUCAUAAUAAUAAUUUAACAAAACAUGAAUAA